AUAGUGCUACAUACACAAUUACAACGUUAUGGCCAUGUCACCGGUGGUCGUGCUGGUCGUUAGGAUUCUAACGUUCGUUUGCCUGUUGGCAUCGCUCAUCUUAAUCACUACCGACUCUGUUACUCUACCUCCUAAUGGUAACAAGAUCAAGUUUAAUAAGAUCUAUCCCUACCGGUACCUAGUCGCCACACUGAUUCUGGGAUUAGCAUAUACUCUUCUCCAAACUGCAUUUGCCAUCUCCCAAGCCUGCACUGGGAAACGCGUUGGGGGAGAGCGUUCCUGCGUGUUUGACUUUUUUGCCGACAAUGUUGUUUCUUACCUUGUUGCGAGCGGAGCGGCGGCCUGCUUUGGCGUGACUCAAGAACUGAAGAAACGGAACACGGUUGAGAAAUUGUAUGCAGAUUUGGGAAGCAAAUUGCAUAUGAGCGACACGGAUAAAUUAAAUGUCCAACAGAUUUUGGACGACAUGGAUAAAUUUAUCAACAGGGGAAACGUGGCGGCUAGAGUUUGCUUAAUAGGUUUCGUGUUUGCUGCCACCUCGUCCGUCUUCUCAUCUUAUGCUCUUCCUAAGAGAGCCUGAUUGAUUGUUAUAUAUAUUAAUUCAUAGAUAUAUAUGGUACGUGUCGGAUUAUUUCACGUUUUCUCA